UUCCCAGACAUUGUAUUGAGCUAGCCUGGUUGAUGGUACCGAUCGGUAGCCUCGUGACUACUCAGCAAAAGAUGGCCUGGAGUCAUGAGUCAAUUAACACCUAUGUAGGUCUGGAAUAACUUGCAUCCUAACCAGCAUAAAUAUUAUUUAUUAUCCAUUGAUUGCCAUUUCUUCCUGGCAACCAGUCAAAAAUACGUUCACUUCUCUUGCUAUACACAUUUUUACAGAAACAUCCCAACUCAGACUGAACAGAGCGCAGCAGCUCAGUGCUCAACGAAAACUCUUCGGGUAUUUCCGUGAAAAACGUAUGAGAACGUAAUGUUUAUACGUCACGUUCGGAGUUCCCCGCCCCUUCUCUGUGGAGAAGACAGUCAGCCAUUUUAAGUGGAUGAGUUUCAUUUUACAGCGCAACUGUAGGACGGAGAACCACAGGACACAAUUUCAACCUAUUUCUCUAACAACUGUUAGUGGGGAAUUGACUACAAUGAACUGAAACUCUUCCAAAAAACAAUUAACAAGUACUGUAGAUCCAAGUUAAGUGACGCAUAAGCCAGUAGAGUUGUAAUUUUUUUUGCACCAAAUGUAGCUAGAGGAAAUGGCUGUGGAAAGCAUGACUGUCCAUCCAAACUCCCCAACAACAACCAACCACGAACACAACAGUCUUCUCACUGACGAAAGGCGUGAGGAUGGUGAGCUGGAGGAGGGCGAGCUGGAGGAUGACGGGGGAGAGGUCGAGGAAGCGGAGGAGCCCAACGCCAGGGGUGGAGGGGGAGUGGAAGAGGGAGGCGAAGCUGAAGGAGUAGUGAAAGCCGCUGAGGCGGCCCCUCCAGAGAAAACCCACCGCAGCAAAGAGCGUCACGCCAGUGUCUCGGAUGACGAGAAGGCCCGUCGCCACAAGAGGAAGAGGAGGAAAGAGAGGGAGCGGGAGAAGGAGAAGAGGAGAGCCAAGAAGAGGCGUAAAUCCAAACACAAACGUCAUGCCUCCUCCAGUGACGACCACACAGACUUCAGCGACGACUCCGACUAUAGCCCAGCUGAAAAGAGGAAGUACAGGGACUACAGCCCUACGUAUCCCCCUUCUUCUCACGGUUACCCGCCCGCCCCUUCCUCUGGUCACGGAGGCCCAAUGCCCAAGAAGGGCAACUACAUGAAGAUGGACAAGCAAGGCUACGGGGCCUAUGAUGAUUACGAAGAGGAGACCUAUGAAGGAGAGGAGGAAGAGGAGAUGGGGGAUGAAGACUACGAUGACUUCACCAAGGAACUAAACCAGUACCGCAAGGCCAAAGAGGGAGGCGGGGGCGAUGGAGGCGGGAGGGGCGGUCGUGGGGGCAGAGGUAGCAAAAAUGGGGUCAGAGGGGGUAAAGGUCGUAUGAAGAACCAGCGAGGUCGAGGAGGAAUGAGAGGAGGGCGUGGAGGUAGAGGAGGAGGAGGAGGAGGAGGAGGAGGUAGAGGAGGGAGCAGGGGUCGGGGACGAGGGGGCAAAAUGUGCGGAGAAAAUGAAGACGGAGAAGGGAUGAUGUACGGAGGAGGAGAGGAAAUGGAGUAUGGCGAAGAUGACUGUGACAACAUGGGUGAUGAUGACUAUGAUGAAUACUCUCAGUACAGGAAGUCCAAAGACCGUGGCAGAGGUGGUAAAGGGGGGCGAGGGCGUGGCCGGGGGAAACAGGGACGUGGGAUGAACCGCGGCGGGCGAGGCCGGAACCGAGGGCGAGGCCGAGGAGGCGGGGAACAAGGUCACGAUGAGGACAACAACGGAGACAUGGGAGAUGCAGGGGAUGGAGGCGGCCAACACAACAAGCACCAGGGGGACAAGCACCAGGACAAGAAGGGAAAAGCCAUCUGCAAGUACUACAUCGAAGGCCGCUGUACUUGGGGUGAACACUGCAACUUCAGUCACGACAUUGAGCUGCCCAAGAAGAAGGAGCUGUGCAAGUUCUACAUCACUGGCUUCUGUGCGCGGGCUGAGAACUGUCCCUACAUGCAUGGGGAUUUCCCCUGCAAGCUGUUCCACACCACGGGGAGCUGUGUGAAUGGAGACGAAUGCAUGUUCUCCCACGAGCCUCUGACUGAAGACACCCAAGACCUGCUAAACAAGAUGCUGGCGGAGGACGCGGAGGCCGGAGCCGAGGACGAGAAGGAGGUGGAGGAGCUUAAGAAGCAGGGGAUAAACCCCCUUCCCAAGCCUCCUCCUGGGGUGGGCCUUCUCCCGACACCGCCCCGGCCAGGGCCGCCUGACAAUUCUGGCCCCGGGGACUAUGGACCAGUGGGUCCUUCUGGACAACCACAGGGCCCCAUGCCCUCCAACGGCCCGCCCGGCCAAGGGCCCACACAAGGGCCUGGUCCCUGUCCUGGGCCACCUCCAUCCUGCCCAGAGAGUAACCCCUACCAGAGCCCUCCCAACCCCAAUGGGCCACCGCCACCAUCCAUGAGUGCCCAACCCCCCUGUCCUGGCAAUGUGGGGAAGAAGAUCCCCUCUUUGUUUGAGAUCAAGGUGCAGCCCACGGGACAGCUAGCUCAGAAACUGGCUGGUCAAAGAGCUCAGACCCCAGGAACUGCCACGGGCCAAGCUGGCGUCCCCGGCCCCCAAGGACCCCCUGGUGGCCCCGGCGGGCCCCCGCCUCGGUUCCCUCCGCCUGGCAUGAUGCCCCCGGACAUGUCCAUUGGUCCUCCUCCACCGAUGGGUCCCGGAGGACCCCCGAUGAUGCAAGGUUUUGGCCCAGAAGGGGGGCCCAUGAUGCCCCCUGGCCCACCCCCGGGGGGUAACUUCUUUGACAACUUUUUCAACCAGCAGCAGGGCAUGGCGAUGGAAGGGGUGGUCGAGGAAGGUGAUGACUUCCAGGGCUUCGGCGGGUCGGAUGAAAAGGGAGGCCGAGGAGCGGGGGGACACCAGGGCUCCAUGGGAGGCCUGGACAGCGCCGCAAAUGGGGGCUCUGCCAGUCACCAGGCAGGGAUGGGUGUGCCCGACUUCCUUCCACCCGCCCAGCGAGCUCUGUUCAUGAGGAUCCAGCAGAAACAGCAGGAAGAUGAGGAGAGGGCCAGGCUGGCCAAGGGGGGAGGAGAGAGGGAGGCAGAAGGUGACUCGGCUAACUGGUACUCCAGUGAGGAUGAGGACGGCGGCGGCAGCGUCACAUCCAUCCUGAAGACCUUACGCCAGCAGAGCAUGGGCCCACCCAAACCUGAGGGCCCCCCCAGCGACCCCAGGCUCCAGAAAGGCUCCCCAGCCCACCCCCCGGUCCGACCGGUGGACCCCCGCCAGGCGGACCCCCGGCUGGCCCGUGACCCCCGCCUCUCCCGGGGCUCAGACCCCACGCAGGCCUCAGACUCGCCCAGCCUGUCCCCCACCCCCACCGUUGCCCCGGCUGACCCCCGCCUCGCCCGGCUCUCUGCUGUCCCCGUGGCCCCCAAACCGGACGCUCCCCUGGUGUACAAACCCCCGCCCCUCACGGCUCCCGCCGCAGAGGAGGAGGAGACGGAGAGAGUGCUGAGGGACAAGCCGGUGCCGAUCCCCAUGGACCCUCUGAUGGGCAUGGCCCUGAGGGACCCACGCUCCCAGCUGCAGCAGUUUAGCCACAUCAAGAAGGAUAUUGUCCUGCAUAUGCCCCCCUACGCUAAGACUGUGACAUGGAACCCCGAGGACCUCAUCCCCAUCCCAAUCCCCAAGCAGGACUUCCUUCCCCUCCCCCCGGGCAUCCCCCCUGUGUCAGCUCUAGAUCCUCGCCUCUCGCGCAGCCAGCAGCAGAUCCACACGGCGAUCCCUCCGACUGCCCCCACCCCCCUCCCCCCCUCAGAACCCGCCGGCCCGGCCUCUUCCGCCCUCCCAGACUUUGAGCUUCUCUCUCGCAUCCUCAAAACUGUUAACGCCUCGUCCGGACCGCCCCAGUCCUCCCCGCCUCUGCCGCUCCUCUCGCCUCCGGUGAUGCUGCCGGCGCCUCCUGUGCUGUUGGCCCCGCCCGUCGACAAGCCUGUCGAUCCUCGUGUGGCCCGCAAAGCCCCCGCCGACCCGCGGCUCCAGCCUCAGAAAUCUGCCCUGAAGCAGGCUCCGGAGCCCACCGCGCCGCCUACGACGACGACAACGGGGGCGGCCUCCCCGCCCACCCCUCCGCCCCCUGCCCCCUCCAUCGCCCCCUACGACCCUCGGCUGUUGUCUGCGGGCGGGGCGGGGCGUGGAGGCGGGGCGGGGUCGUCGGGCAGUAGCAGUGUGCUGAGUGGCAUCAGUCUUUAUGACCCACGGACUCCCAGUGUAAGUAAGGCUGAGGCCUCUGGUGCCGCUACCAACACGACCCCCAGCAGUGGCCCCACGGAGCCCAAAACCGUUGAGUCGGCGCCAGCCAAGCCCAAGGCCAAAGAGCCCCUGUUUGUUCGCAAGUCUGCCCUUGACCAGCCCGAGCCAGAGAAGAGCAGCGAGCAGGCCACCGACCGCUACAACAGCUAUAACCGGCCCAGGCCCAAGCCGGCACCCUCGCCCGCCGCCGCCGUCAGUGGCCCCCCGGCCCCUGGCUCCUCAACGUCCGGACAGGGAGCUCCUGGUGCUGCCGAGCCGGCCCCGGCGGGGGUCCACAAUCUUCCUGUGUCCUCGCUUUUCAGCAUGGUCAAACAGGCCAGCAAGCCCAGUGGCUCUGGCAGCCCCUUUGGUGGGAACAGCCCCGCCCAGGCCGCCGACACCACCACAAUGGAACAGGACAAUGCUUCUCUGAAGGACGUUUUCAAAGGCUUCGACCCCACGGCGUCGCCCUUCUGCCAGUGAACCCUGAGCCACCUCCGAACUGGAUGGUCAAAUGUUGUUUUAGACACGAACACUGAACGCAUCAGCGUGGAGCACACUGAGGAUGGACGCUGGACCAGGCCGCAGACAGUGAACGUUUGAAUGUUUUGGUCAGCUGCACACUCUGUCCGGGUCAUUUCACGCCUGCAGGGUUUAGCUGAUCAGAUUCUAGAACAGACUCUGGGGCCGGUGGGGGGGUGUGUGUGAGGGAGGGAUAUGUUGGCACCCAGGAAACAGAGACCUCUAUUUUUAAACAAACAAGAUGUAUAAAUAAAUGUAUUCCCUAUACGAGAGUCCCUCCCUGCUUUAAGAGAAACCCCACAGUCGGACCAGGAAACCAGGCUCCACAGGUUUAAGUGGGUCAUACUUUCUCAUUGGUGUCCUCCUUGUCCACAUCCUUUUCCAGUGCUUUUGUUCACUCCCCUCCUUGACAACCGGUUUGGCGACACCCCACCAACCCCUUUGUUUCAUCAUCUCCCACUUAGUCCUGGUCAAAAUAAUUAUUGUAAAUCAUUGUAUCUUUUCUAGUCCAAUCACAGGGCAACAGGAAAGCAAACCCAUAGAGAACAUGCACUGCCACUUCGACCUGUAAAGUAACACGGUAUAUUAUAUAUGAAAACAACUUUUCUUUUUUCUUUUUUUUGCUUGAAGUCAUUUCUUUGCACUGUCUAUCUGCCUGUUAAUUGAACUUUCCAUUAUUUUAUUUUUAUAUUUUAGCCCUCUUCUCUGUCAGUACUGCGUUAACUCCAGCCUCCCUGUUAUCUUAACUGUUUGUGGGGCUGAAGGGGUGAUGUCUAACAACCAUGUUGGCACACCAACCCAGAUCCCUGACUGAGGUUCCACCUCCUCACCUCCUCUGCCACUAUGAGACAGUACUGUACAGGAGAAGUCCAUAGCUGUUAGUGUCCGUCUGUCACAUAUGAGAAAUGAUCAUUUUAAUUUAUUUUUUAUACUUAUGAGAUAUCUGCCUCUGCACCCUGACAGCUGAAUUUAAUCAUUUUAUUUUAUAUAGAAAAUACAUAUAUUUCCCGCCUUCACUUCAGUGGGAUGCAGCCUGUAACCAUGAAAGGAGACAAAACAGACAAGGUUCGAACAAAUUAAAUAUCCUCACUUUCCUCUGAAAGCCUUGAAUAUUCUGGCGUGACCUGAUUACCAAUAGCAUAAUUUUUUUUCACUUUCUUUUUGUUGUUGCAAAAAUGACAAAAAUUGCUUUGUAAAUUGGAACAGUGUCCUGUUGGGAGAGAGGUGACAUUUUGUAACUGUUCACUGUAGGUGAGGUUGUGAAGUAUUUAAUAAAGGCGAUAUGUGAUCAACCAGUUA